AGAGUGACUACAACCUGAACGAUGACGGAUUAGGAGUAGGGUAAAAAAGAGGCGGGCGGGUUUUGCAGACGCGCUUCAGUCUCUUGCUCCUCUCUCCUCUCUCCGCGGAAUGGAACAAGACGGAGUUGACGCCGCCGCCCCCACUACUACCACCUCCGCCGUCUUGGUCGCCAUACCGCCGCACGAUCCUGACUACUCACCCUUGGGGUCGCCUGAGAUCAUCGACUCGCACUUGGAAGAAGUAUUAGUCGUAGAAGAGGAAGAAGACCACCACCAUUCUCAGAUCGCUUCUGCUCUCACUGAUGAUCUCCGUGACAAGAUCAUUAAGCAGGUUGAGUAUUACUUCAGCGAUGAAAACCUUCCAACUGACAAGUUUCUGAUGAAUUAUGUGACCCAAAAUGUCCAAGGGUUUGUUCCCAUUGCCGUCGUUGCUUCUUUUAAGAAAAUGAAAAAGCUCACACAGGACAGGUCAUUAAUAGUGGCGGCACUCAAGGAAUCUUCUUUUCUUGUUGUAAGUUCGAAUCGCAAGAAAGUAAAACGACUUCUUCCCCUUCCAGUCAGUGAUGUCACGGAUGCCCAGCUGUGCACUGUUUUGGUGGAAAAUCUACCAGAGGAUCAGUCUACAGAAAAUAUUCAAAGAAUAUUUGGCGAAGCUGGAAACAUAAAGAAUAUCUGCAUCCAUGAUCCACAUGCUGCUAGAGAGCCGCAAAAACGCACAAAAGCGGAGAAGCUGCUGAGUGGUAAGUUACAUGCUCUUGUGGAGUAUGAGACUGUGGAUGCUGCUGAGAAAGCGGUGGCUAUGUUAAACAAUGAACAAGAUUGGAGAUAUGGCAUGCGGGUUAAGCUUCUCAAGCGGGCGGCGAAACAUGGGCAGAAAAAGAAAGGGUGGAGAGAAGUAGAUUUUGAGAAGAAUAGCAAUGUUCAUGCAUCUGAUCCAGCUGGUGGUGAAGAGAACCACAAUUUAAGUGACCAUCUUGAUGAGAGACACAAUGAAGAGGAUGGGGACCAUUUACUUAAGGAGAAAAACGAUUACAAGGCUCAAAAUCGAAGAUGGGGAAGGGGUCAGAGAUAUCGUGGCAUUAAUGGGCAGGGCCAUGGAACAGUUUUAUCUAGUCAUGGGAGUGAAGCCUCAAAGCCCCCUCCUGGCCCCAGAAUGCCCGAUGGAACGAGAGGGUUUUCUUUUGGACGUGGUCGGACUCCAGCUUCAAACCAAGAUUAGUGUACAACUGGAGAUAGAUGUGGCCUAGCUCUGGAAUACUCGCUGAUUGCUCUCCAUCUGUAGGCAGCUAAAGAACAUUUCAAGCGAUUACUCUAACUGAAUCCUUCUCAUUUCACAUAUUAAACGGACUAGUCCACAACUUAACUCAAUACAUAUUAACAAACAAGUACUUUGUUGGUUUGUAUAUAUGAUGAUUACUCUAGGUGUAUUUGAUUAAUCUCAAUGCGGUAUCCUUUUUGCUGCA